CGGGUCCACGCAGCCUUCAGACCGUCUGUCCACCUCCCGCUCCGAUCGGGGAGGAGGCGGAGCGUGGCCGCGGCGCCGACCGAGACCGAUCCCCGCGGUGAAGCAGAGACUCUGCGCGUAUAAAUACCCGACCUCGCCGGCGCCCGCGAGCUUCGAGAAAACCUCCCCUUCGCCGCGCCUUUACCCUACCCUAACAGCCUAGCUAGCUUGCGGCGCUCCACUACCACUCGCUGCUACUGCACCUACUUCCGCUCUGCUACUGUUGCUGCUGCUCCGGGUGGUGGUGGCACCGAAACCCUAGCCCCUGCCGUGAUGUCGCUGCAGGAGGCUGCGGACCCGCCGCCUUCGGCGACGGACGAGCGUCCGGGGGGUCUCCCGCGGAGCGGCUCCGCUAGCCGCCUCAACGCGCAGGCGCCGGAGUUCGUGCCGCGCGCUGCUGCCGCGGUGCCCCCGCCCCCUCCGCCGCAGACGGUGGUGCGUCUGUUCGCGCCGCCGCCUCCUCCCGCGGCGUUCUUCGUCGCGGCACCCCCGCCUCCGCCGCCCCCGUUCGAGUACUAUGCGGCUGUUGCCGCCGGUGGGGGUGCCAGGUUCGGUCCUCCCCCCGCCGAGCAGGAGCCCGAGGCUGAGCAGCCGCCGAGGGACGGGAGCUUCGACGACCCCGUGCCCAAGAUCAGGAAGCAGGUGGAGUAUUAUUUCAGUGAUAUAAACCUGGCCACCACUGAACAUUUGAUGAGGUUUAUUUCAAAGGAUCCUGAAGGAUAUGUGCCAAUGUCAGUUGUUGCUGGCUUUAAGAAAAUUAAGGCUUUAGUGCAAAGUAACUCCAUGCUUGCUUCUGCUCUUCGGACUUCUUCAAAGCUUGUGGUCAGUGAUGAUGGAGCAAGAGUAAAACGUGAGCAACCAUUUACAGAAUCAGAUUUAGAAGAACUCCAGGCCCGAAUUGUUGUUGCAGAAAAUCUCCCAGAUGAUCAUUGUUACCAGAAUCUAAUGAGGCUCUUUUCAGCUGUUGGCAGUGUGAAGACAAUUAGAACUUGCUAUCCUCAGACCCCAAACGGCACUGGUCCAGCUACUAACAGAUCUGCAAAGCUAGAUAUGCUUUUUGCCAACAAACUUCAUGCUUUUGUUGAGUAUGAUAGUAUUGAAGAUGCUGCUAGAGCGAUUGUGGAACUUAAUGAUGAGAGGAACUGGAGAAGCGGGCUCAGAGUUCGAUUGUUAAGCACUUGCAUGACAAAGGGAGGUAAAGGGAAAAAGGGUGGACAUGAAUCUGAUGGGUAUGGUGAGGACGAGAAUGUCUCCACUUCUGAUCAACCAAAUGAUAAACAUUUAGAAGGAACACCUCAAAUGUCAGAUGUUCCUGGAGAACACAUGACUGAGGAUAGCACUGGAGAUAUGGGACGAGGACGUGGCAGGGGACGUGGUCGUGGUGGCAGGGGCCGCGGGCGUGGUUACCAUCAACAGAACAACAAUCAACACCACCAGAACCACCAUCAGCAUUACCAGAACAGUAGCCACCACAGUAACAGGAGUAGUACCCAUCCAGUGGGAACCCCACCAUCUGGCCACUCAGUCAAGAUUGAGCAACCAUCUGGCCACCCAGUCAAGAUUGAGCAGCAGCAGGAGGAAGCAGCUCAGUCACAGCCCCUCACAGCGGCUAACAAACAGCCUCCAGGUCCCCGCAUGCCGGAUGGUACGCGUGGAUUCAGCAUGGGCAGAGGGAAGCCGCAAGCAUUGACGCCUAGAGUAUCCGAGUCUGAACCAUGAACAAUGAAUUCGAACCCCCACAGAUAGGGAGAUGAGACUAAUGGGUUGCUGUUUGCCAUGUUGAUACAUAUGGUGAGAGACUUGCCUUUUAGAAGUCUGUCCUCGGAGGUUGCUUUCUAAUUUAUGGGAACCCAUAUACAUUUCUGCAUGUGCUGUGUGUACUUCCAAAGCCAGCAGACACUGGUUUUCGAAUAGUACAAUUGCGGCCAUUUUGUAGUUUCAUUUUUGGCCCCCUUUUGCAGUUUUGGGUGCAAGACUGAAAAGCAAAAACUCAUGUUAAAAAAGCUGAAAAGAAUUGAAUCAUUGUAAAAUAAGAUUGUGUUCCUUAACCGUUUGCCGGAGGCUGACCGUUU